AGCAUAAGUUUCAGGCUUCUGGAAGAAGAUGAAUUUGGAAUAUCUAAAGCAUUCUCUAAUGACAAUAUUUUUCCCUCUGUCUAAAAGAUCUCCUACAGAAUGGGUCCAAUAAAUGGUUCUUUUGUGACUGAAUUCAUACUGAUGGGCUUAACAGACCAGGCAAACUUGCAAAUACCCCUACUUCUUCUGUUUCUAAUAGUGUAUGUGGUCACGGCACUGGGAAAUUUGGGGCUGAUAAUUCUCAUUGCAUUGAAUUCACAUCUUCACCGCCCCAUGUAUUUUUUCCUUUUUAAUUUGUCCUUCAUCGACCUCUGUUACUCUUCUGUGAUUACCCCUAAAAUGCUGAUGAACUUUGUAUUCAGCAAGAAUAUUAUCUCUUACGUUGGAUGCAUGAGUCAGCUCUACUUUAUUAUUUUUUUCAUUAUUUCUGAAUGCUACAUGUUGACAUCGAUGGCUUAUGACCGCUAUGUGGCCAUCUGCAGUCCACUUCUCUAUAAUAUUUCCAUGUCCCCUAAAGUGUGUUCCUAUCUUAUCCUUGGUUCCUACCUGGUGGCAUUUUCUGGUUCCAUGGUCAAUUUGGGAUGUGUCCUGAGACUGAACUUCUGUGACAGAAACAUCAUCAACCACUAUUUUUGUGAUGUGCAGCCUUUAUUACAGUUGUCCUGCACUAGCACCUAUGUCACUGAGCUGGAGAUUUUCAUUGCAGCAGGCAUCAAUAUCAUUGUGCCAAGCUUCACAAUCUUAAUUUCUUAUGCUUUUAUUCUUUCAAGUAUCCUCCACAUGAGCUCUUCUGAGGGCAGGUCAAAAGCCUUCAGCACCUGCAGCUCCCACAUCAUGGCUGUCUCUCUCUUCUUUGGAUCAGGGGCAUUUAUGUAUCUUAAACCCUCAUCAGCUGGGUCCCUGGAUGAGGGGAAAAUCUCUUCUGUGUUUUACACCAUUGUGGUUCCCAUGAUGAAUCCUUUAAUCUACAGCUUAAGAAACAAGGAUGUUAAAGCAGCCCUGAGAAAAACUUUACAAAGAAGGAAGAUUUGA